ACGACUUAAUCCAAGACACCGUGUCAGUUCAGAUGUAAACUGGUUUACAGCAUUUUGGAACUAGCUUAGUUUAGCUUUAUUUGUCACGCGCACGUAAUGCCACAGAGAAAGGCGAGAUAAACACAACAACUCAAACAAGAGUAAUAGUGAGUAACAAAAAAAGACAAGAUAUUAAAAAGAUAACAAUUGAGCAAACGAGUUGCUAUUUGCGAGCAACGGUCGCAUGUUGACCGUGGAUUAACACGCUGAAGUGGGAUUAGCGGAGCCGCUCCGUGGGGCCCCGCAAACCCCGCUGAACCUGACGCCUCGGCUGCGGCAGGCAGCGGGCCUCAAACGCCACACGGCUUCCGCUGCUGCUAAAAAACACACUUUGCUAACAGGACACGGCCAUGUUAGGACUGAAUGGGAGGCGAACGAGACAAUGACCCACGAACCAAGCCAGAACCUGUCAUGGGGACGGCCCACGGUGAGUUGUUGCGCUGCUUGAAGCAUCUGUCGGCCAGGCGGGGCUUGAAAGGCCCCCAAAUAAGAUGAUUUAGGAACAUCAAGGCUUUCCCCAGCGGUAAUCAUUACAUUUGGACUUAAGAUCCAUGCAAGAAUUUGUUGCGCAGUAAAUCUCCUUGAGCCACCCCCCUGACCCCCCACCACUUCCCCCGAGGCCCCAGCGCUCUUCAAAAGCCUCGUUAUUCAAAGGUUAGGAUGUUUGACAAUCCCAGCUUGUACAACUCCACCAAUUAAUUGGAUACGUUGCAGUAGGGAUGUUGGGUCUCUCUCAUCUGUUGCUUGGAAAGACAAAGGCUUAGCGGGGGGUUGUUCGCACCUCCCCGUGCUGCCGGGGUAUAAAUCGAGGCUCUUCAGAAAGCAAAUUUGAAACACGCAGAUACCGAACAGACAAAUGGAAACCGGCGGAUACUCCGUGCGUAAUUACGCACAGGCCUCACUAUGCGCGCAGAGCAACGGGAGCCGCUGCGCUCCGGCCGCGAAGGCUCCAAGCGGGAAGUCUUUCACCAUCGAGGCUCUGCUGGCCAAGCCGGAGGAGGCGGCACCCAGAGACCGGACCGGUCACCACCAGUGCGGGGUAAAAUACCCGCAAACCGCGCCUCCUCCGCAUCUGGCCGGGUUAACGCUUCCACCCGCACACUACCUCUAUGCGCCCAACGAGUUGCACCCCAGCAUUCACCCGCAGCCUGGAUAUUCCGUCUACUGCUACCCGCCGUUCACCUACGCACCAUCCUGCCGGGAAGCGUUUUACGCACAAGCUGCCGCGUCCAAAGCGAGCGCCGCGACGCACCAGUUCAAGACGAAAGGCGGAAAGUCGAAGCGCAUGCGCACCAGCUUCACCAGCGAGCAGCUGUCCCGGCUGGAGAAGGAGUUCGCCCGGCAGCAGUACAUGGUGGGAUCCGAGAGGUUCCUCCUUGCCUCCGCUCUGCAGCUCACAGAGGCUCAGGUCAAAGUCUGGUUCCAGAACAGACGCAUUAAAUGGCGCAAACAGAGUCUGGAGCAGCAGCAGGCCAAACUGGCCAAACUGGGACUGGCCGCUCCGCCGAAGAGCCCCGGAUCUCAGGGCCACGGAGACGAAGGCGACGAAGACGAGGACUUCUCCGACUCGGACGUGGAUAUCGAUGUGUCCGAUGACUCCGUGGACCACUGCUGAUCGUUUCAAAACUUCCCUGUACAUAGCGCUGAGAAAGGAGACGGCCAUCUCCGACUGUCACUAUUUAAUAGAUUUAUACUUAUAUAUUUAAGUUUCUGCAUUUAUUCGUCGAAGAUGAGAACGUAUCCUGUAUCGCUUUAUAUCUGACAU